CCGUUCACACCUCCUUUGUCAAAAGAGAGAAGCCAACCACAUUUAUUAUAAUUUCGAAAUUCAACUCUGCUUCUCGGCCCCGAGAAGGAACAGAAUCAACUUCAAAGUUUCGAUCUUUCUGCUCUGUUCUCGCCUUCAGCUCCACCCUCCAACUCCCCAAUCUCUCUCCCUUUCUUUAUGAAACUCACUUCUCUCGGGAGCCGGCAAGACUACUCCUACAUCUUCAGCUUGUUGCAGAGCUCACUCGGGUCCGACCCGAUGAACGAGACCAGCACCACGACCUCCACGACCACGGCCAAGAGGCGCCGGAGGAAGGAGAAUGGCGAUAGGGAAAGCGACGCCUCCGCCGCCGCCGCGGGAGAAGGCGGCGACAAGAAGAAGGAGCUAAAGGGUAUCCUCACCUCCCUGCUGCUGUUGGAAGAGCAGGAGAAGCAGGACAAUCAAGAACGCGACAAGGCGUCGAGGGAAGAGAAGCAGCUGUUCGAGACCAAUCACAGGAAGAAGACCAAGGCCAUGUUGGGUUACUACUCCAAUCUCGAUGAUUACUACACGGAGGUGGAGGAGCUGGACAGGGUGAAGAGGAAGAAGGGGAGGUCGUUGGCUGGGGCUGUCGCCGGCGCCCUCGCCUGUGAGGCUGAUUCGGUGAAGAAGGGUGAGAAGGCGGUCAAGAAAGGGAGCGGCGAGAGUGGAGGUGGUCAUCAGAGGAGGCUGUGGGUCAGGGACAGGUCUAAUGCGUGGUGGGAUGAGUGUAUUAGGCCCGACUUCCCUGAAGAGGAGUUCAAGAAAGCCUUUAGGAUGGGGAAAUCGACCUUCGACAUGGUAUGCGAGGAGCUGAGUUCGGUCAUCGCGAAGGAGGACACGACAUUGCGGAGCGCGAUCCCGGUCCGGCAACGGGUGGCGGUCUGCUUGUGGAGGUUGGCGACUGGUGAGCCGCUUCGGCUCGUCUCGAAAAGGUUUGGCUUAGGCAUUUCGACUUGUCAUAAGUUGGUUCUUGAGGUCUGUUCAGCUAUUAGGACUGUGUUGAUGCCUAAGUACUUGCAAUGGCCUGAUGAGGAUAAGCUUAGGAAGAUUAAGGCUAAGUAUGAAUCGAUUUCAGGGAUACCCAAUGUCGUUGGGUCCAUGUACACAACCCAUAUUCCCAUUAUCGCUCCUAAGAUUAGCGUGGCCGCUUAUUUUAAUAAGCGACACACAGAGCGGAAUCAGAAGACCUCGUAUUCGAUCACUUUGCAAGGCGUGGUCGAUCCCAAAGGAGUGUUUACCGAUGUUUGUAUUGGUUGGCCUGGUGCGAUGCCCGAUGAUCAGGUGUUGGAGAAGUCUGCACUUCAUCAAAGGGCUAAUGGGGGGCUACUGAAGGGUGUUUGGAUCGUCGGUAAUUCGGGUUACCCCUUAUUGGAUUGGGUUUUGGUGCCUUACACACAGCAAAAUUUGACAUGGACUCAACACGCGUUUAAUGAGAAAAUUGGCGAGGUCCAGAGGGUGGCGAAAGACGCAUUUGCGAGGUUGAAAGCAAGGUGGAGUUGCUUGCAAAAACGAACGGAGGUGAAGCUUCAGGAUUUGCCGGUGGUUCUCGGAGCAUGCUGUGUUCUGCACAAUAUCUGUGAAAUAAGAGGCGAGGAAAUGGACCCGGCGCUAGGAUUUGAACUCAUUGAUGAUGAGAUGGUCCCUGAGGUAGCUUUGAGAUCAAUGAGCUCGAUGAAGGCUAGGGACGCCAUUGCCCAUAACCUCUUGCAUCAUGGCCUCGCUGGGACUUCUUUUCUAUAGAGCGAACAGUUGCAGCUGGUUUUUAUGCUUAUUUUUACGUUUUUCACUUUUAAGAUGGUAAUUCUUUGGAAUUCGCUUUCUUCCAUACUUUGUUGUAGUCUUACACCAUAAUCAUUCUUCGUGAUUUGUUGAAGGAGCUGUGUAAAAGAUACGCUCUUGCUCCUUCAACAAACGGAUGAUACAAGUCUUCACAAGCUUUAUGUUAUACAGGUUGAAUAGAAGGAAAAUGUUGCAAAUCAAGAUUAUGCCCUUGAAUUACCAAAAAAGAGUUGAAUGAAAUUUGACAUCAUUGGGUUCUUUAGUUGCA